GGCCAUCCAUAAAACUUCCGUUAGAUUGACACCUAUAAUUUUGUUUGGUGUUUUGUAUCCAAAAACCCUAAUUUCUUCGAUUUGGUCUGAGACCCUGAGACCCCUUGCCUAUACCGCUCUCCCUCGCUCUCUCUCGAUCCAUCGAUUGCCGCUGCUUCUUCCUCUACACAAGGAACAAUUGAAUUAUUCAAUUCCAGAGAGAUGUUACCAGCGUCCAGAUCUAAGUCCAAGGACAAACGAGCGGGUAAGGAGCCACAGAAGGCUUCUUCCAAGCCGUCAGCACCACCUAGCACAGGUUCUGGUACCCCAACUAGUGGAUAUAAUCCGCUUUUGGGAACAUUCCAUACGCUCGAAACAGCAUCAUUGUCUUCCGCCUCAACCCUAAAUAGUAAUGGUCGCUUCCGGAACAUAGAUGAUACAGAUGAGAAUAGUGGAAGCUCACCUGGAACUGGAUUUGAAUAUGAUGCUAUUUCCAACAAUGAUAGUUGGUCGGGUGAAUCAGAAGACCACAAAGAGAAAACAUCUAAUCCAACUGGGAAGCAGGGGACAAUACCAGGGGCUGACAACGACAAGCGAGAAAAAAUCCGUCAGAAGAAUGAGAGAAAACAUCUGCGCCAGAAGGAGAGAAGAGCCCAGGAUUUGCAUGAGCGAUGCAGUGGCUAUCUAAUGUCAAGAAAGCUGGAAGUACUGGCUCAGCAGCUUAUGACGAUGGGUUUUUCUUCAGAAAGAGCCACCAUGGCUCUUAUAUUGAACGAAGGCAAAGUAGAGGAAUCAGUGGCAUGGCUAUUUGAAGGGGGUGAAGAAGCAGAUAACCACAAAGGCCAAAACCUUGAUGGUGGGAGUAAUUUGAAAAUUGACAUAGCGGAAGAGCUUGCUAAGAUUGCAGACAUGGAGAUUAAAUACAAUUGCUUGAGGCAGGAUGUUGAAAGAGCAAUUGUUGCAGGUGAGGGUGAUCUUGAGAAGGCAGCAGAGACCUUGAGAGCACAGAGGCAUGACCCACCUGCGACACCAAAGCCAGAAGCAACUGGUGAUCCUCCAAAUAUCAAUAAUGGUAGGCCCUCGGUUGCUGUCACUCAGAACCUGUUGAGGGCACAAUCAAAAUCCAAUUCAUCUUCAACAAUACAAACAAGAAAGGAAGAAAAAGAUUUCAACUACACAAAAACAGCAGUUGGAGUCCCAGCAUGUUUGGAAGCCGGGAACAAAAAUGUGCCACCUGCAAAAAGGAUUCCACCAAAACUGGAGUGGGCAAAACCGCAACAAAUUGCAACACCGGCUGAGAAAAGGUGGCCAAGUGCUGGUUCAAAUCCUUCUGUUUCCUAUUCUGUGGCAUCAUCAUUGGUGCCGCCUCCACCACCUAAGGCAGAAACCCGAUAUGUGGCUGUUGGGAGUGAACCUAAAACCCUUCAACCGGGGUCAUUGAGGGAACCAGUUAUUGUGAUGCAGCGGCCCCAAUCCAUCAAUUCUGAACAGGUCCUAGCUAGCAUAAGCUCUUCUCCUGGAGCAGCUGCUGGUUGGUACCCUAAUAAUGUUGAAGUAAUGAAGUCGAAUGGGUUGUUGUCAAACAUUAUUACCGCUAGAAGCCUCAGCCCUAACAAUUUAAGUGCAAAUCAAUUGUACCACCACCAUCACCAUCAAGCCCAACUCGUUUCAAGUAGCAGCCCGGUUGUCCCCCCAGGAGCUAUCCAGGGGAAUGAUUCCUGGAGCAGAAUGAGCACAUCUCCCAACCUUUCUGCUGCGUCCUCCCUUGGCCUUUUCUCUUGGUUGGGUUCAAACAAUUUGGCAGGUUCAUCUUCUUCAGUAGAUUGGAGCUCGGGUGGUUCAAUGAAUCAAUUAGAUUACACCAACAUAGACUGGUCUUUGGAUCGUAGUUCACCAUUGUCAACCAACUCAAGCGGGUUGUGGCAGGGGCUGGCUUUUAUGAACAAUCCCACCCCCAUGUAUGAUUCAAGUACUCCAGGAAUGGGUGUUAAGCCAACCAUGAGUACAGCUCUCCCCAAUGGAAACAUGAUUUCUAACGCACUCCUGCAGGAUGGUGGAGUGGCGUCUGCUGAAGCAUCUGCUGCUAGUUCUCGAGAGUGGACUUCACCUUUCGAAGGGAAAGACCUUUUUAGCUUACCCAGACAGUUUGUUUCUUCUCCCUCUCAGUGAGAGUGAGGCACGAAGAAUUUGAAAAAAUAAAUGGAUUAAAAAAUGAAAAGACCCCCAGAAAAAGGAAAUGCUUGAAUUUUUUUGUUGA